GCUACAUGUGCAGAAAAACACAGUUUCUCUGUCUGUUUUUCAUUUAGGUUUUUAAUUUUAUUUUCACUUUCCUCAUCUAAAUUUUCCCGAGAAAAUCUCAAUUUUCAAUGGCGAGAAAAUCCUCAUCGGCGAACGAGGAGCUUCUACCGGACGAACUUCGGUGCGGGAGAACCGACGGGAAGCAAUGGCGGUGCAAGAGGAGAGUGAUGGAUAAUCUGAAACUGUGUGAGAUUCAUUAUCUUCAAGGGAAGCAUCGUCAAUAUAGAGAAAAGGUACCAGAGUCUUUGAAGCUUCAGAGAAAGCGUAAGAACAAGGAAGAAGAACAAGAACAAGAAACUGUUGUUGGUGUUGACAAUGUGGAAGAAACAGUUAGGGUAGAAAAGGAGUUCAAAAUGGAGCUGAGAAAAACUAAGAAGAAGAAAGUGAAGCUUGCAGAGAGUUCUGAAUCGUUGACAGAUUCACCUUCUGGUUCUGUUCCUGCGAGGAAGAAGACAUUGAAGCAAUGUGAUACACAAUUGGAUCUUAUAAGAAUGGUUUUGGAGAGAGAAGUUGAGAAGAGGAAAAGAAACAAUACCAAUAAGAAGAAGAAUAAGAAAAAGAAGAUGAAGAAAAAGGUGAUUAAAGAAGAAGUGGAAUUGCAUGAUUUUAAAGAAGGUGAGUUGAGGAGAGAAUUACCAAAUGGAGUAAUGGAGAUAUCACCGGCUUCGACGCCGGGUGAUUAUAAAAAUGUGGGGACUCAUUGUGAUGUGAAAGUUGGUGAUCAUAAGAUUGUAGCUGUAACGCCGCAUUACUUCCGGUCGAAGAAUAUUGAUAGGGUUGCUCUUGGAAAGUUGCAGGUUGUGCCUUAUGGACCAAGCUUGAAGAAGGGGAACACUAAGAGGAAGUGUCACUCGUGUCAGAGAAGUGAUUCUUUGAAUCUUGUCCAGUGUUCGAGCUGUAACAAGGAGUUUUUCUGCUUUGAUUGCAUAAGAGAUCGGUAUCUUGACACUAGAAAAGAAGUUAAGAAGGCGUGCCCAGUUUGUCAACGAACUUGCACUUGUAAGGUCUGCUUGGCAGGUCAAAAUAACGACAGUGAAAGUAAGGACAGUGAAAGUAAGGCCAAUUUGUCUAGCAAAAGUAGAGUUGAUAGAAUACUCCAUUUUCAUUAUUUGAUCUGCAUGCUCCUUCCGGUACUAAAGCGAAUAAGUGAAAACCGAGAAACUGAGCUAGAAACAGAAGCAAAAAUUAAAGGGAAAAGUAUUUCUGAUAUUCAAAUCAAGCAGGUUGAAUUUGGUUACAGUGAAAAUAUUUACUGCAAUCACUGCAAAACACCUGUCUUGGAUCUCCAUAGAACCUGUGAUAGUUGUUCAUAUAGCCUAUGCUUAAGAUGCUGUGAGAAACUAUGUCAAAGAACUUCUGGAGAAAUUAACUCAUCUUUCUUGAAGCUACGUGAUCAAAUGAAAGUUUGUGUGGACAGUGAGCACCGUAUUUUGGAUCAGAAGGACAUUUGUUGUGGCAAUUUAACUGCAACUUCAACAUUGCCCCAGAGGACAAAUUGUAAUGAUAUUGAAAAAGCAUCAUGCCAUCCUACGGAGGUUGGUGGAUGUGGCACAGGCCUAUUUGAUUUAACUGCUUCAACAUUGCCCGAGAGGACAAAUUGUAAUGAUAUUGAAAAAGCAUCAUGCCGUCCUACGGAGGUUGGUGGAUGUGGCACAGGCCUAUUUGAUUUAACUGCUACUUCAACAUUGCCCGAGAGGACAAAUUGUAAUGAUAGCGAAAAAGUAUCAUGCCCUCCUACAGAGCUUGGUGGACGAGAUACAGGUCUGCUUGAUUUAACUACUUGUUCAACGUUGCCUGAUAUGACAAAUUGUAAUGAUAGCAAAAAAGUAUCAUGCCCUCCUACGGAGCUUGGUGGACGAGAUACAGGUCUGCUUGAUUUAACUACUACUUCAAUGUUGCCCGAGAUGACAAAUUGUAAUGAUAGCAAAAAAGUAUCAUGCCCUCCUACGGAGCUUGAUGGACGAGAUACAGGUCUGCUUGAUUUAACUGCUACUUCAACAUUGCCCGAGAUGACAAAUUGUAAUGAUAUUGAAAAAGUAUCAUGCCCUCCUACGGAGCUUGGUGGACGAGAUACAGACCUGCUUGAUUUAACUGCUACUUCAACAUUGCCCGAGAUGACAAAUUGUAAUGAUAUCAAAAAGGUAUCAUGCCCUCCUCUGGAGCUUGGUGGAAGAGAUACAGACAUGCUUGAUUUAACUGCUACUUCAACGUCGCCCGAGAGGACAAAUUGUAAUGAUAUUGAAAAAGUAUCAUGCCCUCCUACGGAGCUUGGUGGAUGUGGUACAGGCCUUCUUGAUUUAUUAUGCAUUUUUCCCUCGACUUUACUCAGAAAGAUGGAAGUAAAAGCAGAAGAAAUUGUUUGUAGCUAUGACUUUCCUGAAACUUCGGAUAAAAGUUCAAGCUGCUCACUGUGUUUUGACACCGACCUCAAUACUGAUCGAUAUAAUCAGUUGCAGAAAGCAGCUGAGAGAGGAGAUUCAUCAGAUAAUUGCUUGUUUUGUCCUACAGUUUUGGACAUCAGUGGUGAUAACUUUGAGCACUUUCAGAAACAUUGGGGAAAAGGCCAGCCUAUAGUGGUCCAAGAUGUGCUCCAAAGUACAUCAAACCUCAGUUGGAAUCCACUGUUCAUGUUCUGUACUUAUCUUGAGCAGAGCAUUACAAAGUAUGAGAAUAAUAAAGAGUUACUUGAAUCCUGUUUGGAUUGGUGUGAGGUGGAAAUAAACAUUAGGCAGUAUUUUACCGGGUCUCUCAAAUGUCGUCCUCAGAGAAACACUUGGCAUGAGAUGCUGAAACUGAAUGGAUGGCUGUCUUCACAAGUAUUCAAAGAGCAGUUUCCAGCUCAUUUUUCUGAAGUAAUUGACGCUCUACCAGUUCAAGAAUACAUGAAUCCUGUGUCUGGUCUUCUGAAUUUAGCUGCAAAUUUGCCAGACAGGAGUCCGAAACAUGACAUUGGGCCAUAUGUCUAUAUUUCGUAUGGAUGUGCUGACACAGAAGCUGAUUCUGUGACAAAACUCUGUUGUGACUCAUAUGAUGUGGUUAAUAUUAUGACACAUUCUGCGGAUGUCCCUCUCUCUACAGAACAACUUACAAAAAUAAGGAAAUUGUUGAAGAAGCACAAAGCUCUGUGUCAAGUGGAGUCUGUUGAGCUGUUACCUGAACGGGAAGUGAAAGGGAUGGCAUUAUCACAUGCUGAAGAAACGGUACAAAAAGGUUUGCCGAGUAUGGGGAAAGAAGGAAUCGAGUUUUUCAGGAGAGUCGAUAGAACAUCCUGCAUCUCCUCAACUGGAGCUAAAAUAGCUUCUACUCAGAGCAUAUACAACAACAUUUCCCAGGACGGAGAACACAAUAUCGUUUCUGAUUCUGAACCCUCUCUUCAUGGGACUGUUCCUACCACCAAUUUGUCACCUAGAAGUCCCGCUGAAAGCUCUAGCUGUUAUAAGAAAAAGUUCACUGAGCAUUCAGGUGCCCAGUGGGAUGUCUUUCGAAGACAAGAUGUACCAAAGCUCGUAGAAUACAUUAAAAGACACUGCGAUGAACUUACUAACACUCAUGACUCUCACAAGAAGAUGGUUCAUCCAAUUCUAGAUCAGAGCAUUUUUCUUGACCAUAUUCACAAAAUGAGACUGAAGGAGGAGUUUAAGAUUGAACCAUGGACUUUCCAGCAACAUGUUGGAGAAGCUGUCAUCAUUCCUGCUGGUUGUCCGUACCAGAUAAGGAAUUCUAAGUGUUGUGUCCAUGCGGUAUUGGAGUUUGUGUCCCCUGAAAAUGUUGCCGAGUGUAUCCAGUUGAUUGACGAGGUCAGACGGUUACCUGAAGACCAUAAAGCAAAAGUAGACAAGCUUGAGGUGAAGAAAAUGGCGCUACAUAGCAUGAGUGCAGCAAUUGACGAAAUACGCCAGCUUACAUGCAAAACAUGAUUGUACCAGUAAAACUAAACAUGCAUGCCUCUAAGACUGAAGUCUUCAUGUCUCAACCUUCUUACCUUAUCUCCCACUUUGUUGUAUACUAAUGCUCAAACUCAUUAAGAUCUGGAAGGUACUUAUAAAUGGAUUAAUCUCGGUCUCUAUCCUUUUUUGUACUGUAUGAUGUUUAUGCCUUCCCUGAAUCUGAAAUAAAUAUAUUUGGUACGUAUAUAUCUUUCUUCAGUUGUUUACUUGAAGAAAAAUUUGAUAAUAUAAAGAGUGAGAGCAGAAUGCAAUUUGAUUAUCUUUGCACUAGUUCUAAAUGCAAGAGAUUAGAGUGAAGCUGUAUCAUGAAUAUAGUCUCUAAAAAAUUCAUUUGCUGUCAGUUUUAUAGAGCUCAUAAUUGUUUUA